UUUUAUGACUGUUUUAAGAUUUCGUAGAUCCCCAUUCUACGACGUGUUUUUAAUUAGUUUGGUCUAAAUAAUGACUUUUUAAAAGGUUUAUUGUAUAUUAAACAUUACUUUGUUCAUUGUUAUAAUUGGAAAAUAAUGUGGUGUUGUGCAUAACAAUCGUAACCAUUAAAUCUUCUCUGAAUUUUAAGUAUUUUAAGCGUACGUAAUUUUAAAAGUUACAGCAGCUGUUUUCAGUCUCUUUAUAUGCGACCUCAUUAUAUAGAAGUAUGUUACUAAAAUUUGUUUAUAUUGUUCUCGAAGUAAAUCAAGAAACAGAAUUGUAUCUUUAACAUAAAGCAAUGGGAAAAAUUUGUGUGGUAUCAUCAUUGUGACGAAUUAAAUAUUAUUAUAGAUUUUGAAAAGGAAAAAUAUUGAAUUAAUAUUUGUCGUAAUAUCUAAUAUCAGCGAACCAAAUGUCCCAAUCCCGCGGUUUUGAGUUAAACGUGCGAAGGUCACGACUUGCGUAGUUUCUGGCACGCCGAUCAGCCGCGUCGUAUGACGCGUCUUCAGUGCGCUCGCGCCGUUAGUUGCGACGCUAGCAUCCGAGGAUAUGUCCGUGCUAUGGAUUACCAAUGUGUGGUUGUGUAUACCGUCAUCAAUAUCUCACCACCACGAAUGUCCCAAGCAGCAUCUAUCACGAACGGAUGCGUGGAUUGGUUCAGAAAUAAAAUUAAAAGGGCCAUUGCCGUAUAUUUUCAUUGUCUAAAAUUGACUCCAAACAAUGGUAUUAUACACGGAAACCUGGCUUGCCUCUACUAUAAACAAGGCUUCAUAGAUUUAGCUAUUGAUACUUACCGACAAGCUAUUGAACUACACCCUAACUUUCCCGAUGCGUAUUGCAAUCUUGCUAAUGCACUAAAAGAAAAAGGUCUUGUUGAAGAAGCUGAAGAAUGUUAUAACAAAGCUUUGUAUCUCUGCCCGUCACACGUCGAUACUUUAAAUAAUCUUGGAAAUGUUAAGAGAGAACAAGGAAAAAUUGAAGAAGCCACUAGACUAUAUAUGAGAGCGUUACAAGUAUUUCCUCAUUUUGCAGCUACUCAUAGUAAUUUAGCAUCAUUAUUACAGCAACAAGGUAAGUUUCAAGAUGCUCUGUAUCAUUACGCACAAGCUAUAAAUAUUCAACCAAAAUUCGCUGAUGCUUAUAGUAAUAUGGGGAACACUUUAAGGGAGAUGCAAGAUACAAGUGGUGCUCUAAGAUGUUUUAAAAAAGCAAUUGAAAUAAAUCCUCUUUUUGCUGAUGCUCAUUGCAAUUUAGCGAGUAUUUAUAAAGAUAUGGGAAAUAUUUGUGAGGCAAUAACAUCCUAUAACAAUGCUCUUAGAAUUAAAUCAGAUUUUCCUGACGCUUAUUCUAAUUUGGCACAUUGUUUACAAAUAAUUUGUAACUGGGAAUGCUAUCAAGAAAGAAUGCAUAAACUUGUUUCAAUUGUAGAGAAUCAGUUGUUAACUAGUGAUAAAUUAUGCUCCGUACACCCACAUCACACUAUUCUGUACCCAUUGUCAAAUGUAGCAAGGAAGGAAAUAGCUGCUCGACAUGCAGCUUUAUAUUUGGAAAAAGUAAAUAUGCUUACUUCUACCACCUUUAGGCACACCAAAAAGAGAAAAGGCCGCCUCCGUAUUGGUUAUGUUAGUAGUGACUUUGGAAAUCACCCUACUUCUCAUUUAAUGCAGUCAAUACCAGGACUCCACAAUCGAUUAAAUGUAGAAAUUUUUUGCUAUGCUUUAAAUGUAGAUGAUAAAACAACAUUCCGUAAUAAAAUUGUAAGUGAAUGUGACAAUUUCACUGACUUGUCAUCAAUUAAGUCUAAUAUUGAAGCUGCUGCCAAAAUAAAUAGUGAUGAUAUUAAUAUAUUAAUAAAUAUGAAUGGUUAUACGAAGGGCGCUAGAAAUGAAAUAUUUGCCUUAAAACCAGCACCAAUACAAGUUUUAUGGCUUGGUUACCCCGGAACCAGCGGGGCAGGGUACAUAGAUUAUAUCAUAAGUGACGAGAUUUCAAGCCCUCUUUCUAUGUCAGAUGAUUUUACUGAAAAGUUUGCCUAUAUGCCUUAUACGUAUUUUGUUGGUGAUCAUAAGGAAAUGUUUCCUCAUUUAAAAAACCGGUACAGCCUAAGAAAAUACGACGAAAGACCCAUUAGUGAAAAUUUUGCCGUUAUAAACUGUGCUGAUACUAUAAACUUAAAUGAUUAUUUUGAGGUAAAAUAUAACAAACAAGUUUUGUCAUAUAAAAAUCUAGAACCGAUAGAAGUUACUGAGUAUGAAGUAGACAUUCCUAUAUAUGCUAUCGAAUCAACAAUAAGUUGUAAACAAGAACAGGUAUGCGUAAAUAAUAUAUUUAUAGAUAAUGGUUUAUCUUUAAGAUUAUCAAAGAAAAAAAUUGCGAGCGGAGAAGAAAGGUACGAUAACAUAAUUUUAACAACUAGAAGACAAUACAAUUUACCAGAAGACGCUGUGGUGUUUUGUAAUUUUAAUCAACUUUAUAAAACAGACCCAAAAGCUUUAGAAAUGUGGAUAAAUAUAUUGAAUAAUGUCCCAAACAGUGUACUUUGGCUUUUAGCUUUUCCAGCAGCUGGGGAAUCCAAUCUGCGCCAUUUUGCACAGAUACGAGGACUUUCACCGGAUCGUAUUAUAUUUUCAAAAAUAGCACCUAAAGAAGAACACGUCCGAAGGGGGCAAAUAUCAGAUGUUUGCUUAGAUACCCCUUUAUGUAAUGGCCAUACAACUACAAUGGAUAUUCUUUGGACUGGAACUCCCGUGGUCACUUUACCGGGAAAAACAUUAGCCUCAAGAGUAGCCUCAUCUCAGCUGACUGCAUUAAAAUGUACUGAACUUAUAGCAAAAAGUGAGAAGAAUUAUGAAGAAAUAGCCACAAAACUAGGCAUGGACGCAGAAUAUCGUAGAUAUAUAAGAGCCAAAGUAUCAAAUGCUCGAAUAACAAGCACAUUGUUUGAUUGUAAACACUAUGCUAUGGCAAUGGAGGAUCUUUAUAAUAAGAUGUGGCAGCUAUACGAGGAUGGGAAGGAGCCAAAUCACGUUUACGCUUUAAAGUAACACCUUAAUGAGUUACGUAAAUUUCACUUUAAAACACCAUUUUGAUCUGAAGAAUCGUGCCGAAAUUCGUCCUACUAAAUUUUCAAGAUUCAAUAAAAUAAAGCUAAUCAUGUGUUUCAAAAGUAUGGAACCAACUCACGAAUUUCUAAUUCAGGUGAACGAUUUUACGAAUAACACUUUCAGGAAAAAAGACAUGAAAAUGUGUUCUAUAAGAUAAAACUAAUAUUUGUCGGAUAUUUAACGAACUUCCAAAACUAUGGAUAGAAUAAACUUUCACCCUUAAAAAAUUUAAUCAGCUUAACAUUUUGUUAUUUCCUAAACUUAUAGUAUUAAAAAUAAUGAAAGGUGUAAUAAAGAUAAUGAUAUAUAUAUAUAUAUAUAUAUAUAUAUAUAUCAAUAUAUAUUUUAAUAAUUUAUUAUUUACACUUAAUAAGGAAAGUACCAUGUCAAAUAGUAUUUAAUAAAUUUUAAAAAUACUGGCGACGAUCAGCGAAAUAACUAUUUCUUGUUUUUUACACCAUCAGCUUACGCAAAUUUUAAACUGUUUUUAUAUACUAUUACUUUUUUUUGCGAAAUUGAAUUAUUAGAUUAGAUUCUUUACAGUGUGAAACUUUAGAAAACAGAAUUGUAAAAUCAUAAAGUUAGCGUAAUCUUUUACUGAAAAUUCUUACUAACAUGAUUAUCCCAGGAAUGUUUUGAAAAGAAAACACAUUAGUUUAGUGAAUUGUUGAUUUAAUGCAUACCCGUUUUAAUCUACAUUACUAGUUAUAAUCUAAUCAUAAAUAAAUUAAAAUGACAUGUGAUGUUAUAAAGAUUAGAAAUCUUAAUAAUAAGAGCAAAUGUUGUUAAUAUCUAAAGACACAACAAUGUUACAAAACUUUGAUACGACAAUUUAACACUUAAAAACGUUUCCAAAUUUUUAAGUGUAUAAUUUGUACUAUAUCAGCAUCAUGAUUAUAUUGUAUUUCGAGUUAUGUCGGUGUUUGCGAUUUACAUUUUAAAAGUAUCUUCUGAUGAGCUAAAAAGUUAAUUUUUUUAAAUUCAAAAUGGUAUAUGAAGAAAUAAUUACAAAACUCCAGGCUGAUUGAUAAUGGAAUGAUGAAGUAUAUAAACUGAUUGUUUCAAAUAAAAAUGUGUCAAUCUUAUCGAUAA